UCCUACAACAUCACUUCCUGUGUCACUUCAUGCGAUGCUAGCGACGCUAGAUUGUUACCACCUUUCAUUUUUAUUCUGUGUGAAACAUUGUUAUCUGUCACUUUUUAACUAAAUCGGCAUCUUUACAGCUCAAUACUGUGCGCUGUUACCUUGAAUUAUCAACUUUAUUGUUUUAUUCAAGAUGGUGUUUUACUUCACAAGCGCUGUUGUGACUCCACCCUACACGAUCUACAUGGGAAAAGAUAAAUACGAAAAUGAAGACCUUAUAAAAUAUGGAUGGCCUGAGGAUAUUUGGUUUCACGUGGACAAGCUGUCCUCUGCCCAUGUGUAUCUCAGAAUGCCUAAGGGUAAAACAAUUGAUGACAUACCCAAAGAGGUCUUGGUGGAUUGUGCACAGCUGGUGAAAAAUAACAGCAUUCAAGGCUGCAAGAUGAAUAACAUCAAUGUUGUCUACACCCCUUGGGGCAACCUCAAGAAAACAGGAGACAUGGAUGUUGGUCAGAUAGGCUUCUUCCGGCAAAAAGAGGUUAAAAUCGUAGCAGUAGAGAAGAAAAUCAAUGAGAUCGUCAACCGGCUGGAGAAGACAAAAGACGAGCGACACCCAGACCUGGCGGCAGAGAAAGAGUCCCGAGACCGCGAGGAGCGCAACGAGAAGAAGGCCCAGAUCCAGGACCUGAGGAAGAAGGAGAAAGACGAGACGAGGAAAAAGAAGGAGGCAGAGGAGCUGAGGAAUUACACGUCGCUCAUGAGGAGUGAAAACAUGACCACAAAUGAGGACGGAAAUGACUCGGACGAGUUCAUGUAGACACGGGGACGAUCCGGGGGCGUUUGGCCAGCGAGGGAGCAGGGUGUGUCUUUCCUUAACAUUACUCUGACCUCUGCUGCCUGGCGUCCACGUCAAAGGGUGUCGCGGCGGGCUUUUGGAAGCGGGCGCUGAAUGAACAGAUGAACUUGGUCACUGUGUGAUUAUAUAAGGAAAAAAAAAAGUCGUGCCAAUCAAGCACAAUACCAAGACUAUGUCAAUGCUCAAGCAGCUACACUUUGUAUGGAACUAAGAUCACCACCGUUCUCCCUUAACCAGGCUCUGCUGAAAUGCCAGAAAAUACCUAUGAUGAUUUGCGGUUUUUGACAAUAAUGGACACGUCCUUUGUCCUUUGGAACCUUUCUGUUCUUAACCCUAAAGAUGUCUGAUAUUUGGUCAUGUCAAUGCUGCAUGUAGACCUAAACACAUAGCCAAUAGUCUUGCUCUGGCUCCGUUGCCCUGUCAACGGGAUUUAACAAGUCAACAGGAACAAGUGUAUCAUAUACAUCACCCUGAAUGCUGCUCCACAGAGCCAAGACCCAGAGAGUAACCUCAUGUUGUGACAGUCUAUCCAGGAAUUGCUGGAUAGAGGAUGGAUGGUCCGAAUAAAGCUUUACCACCUUU